CUAUUUCCGGUGUAGACGGUCCAAUACAUGGAAGAGCGUACACAAACUUUGCCUCGCCCAAGUACAAGAGCGUUUUAGUGUCAGUGUCUCGAUUAUUAAUGUUAUCUUAAAAGCUGAGAUAAUUACAUAGAUAGGAAUUACAACGACUAUCUCUCUCUGAUAGAUUUGUGAAUGAUGCCCGGUGUGUCUCGGGGCGAGAUGAACGGUGGAUACAAUGAGUUCGAACACGGACAUCUCCGCUCCAGUUCAUAUGCUAAUGGCUAUGACCCGUACCGUAAAGGCAGGGAAGAGUUCAGAGAUGGCCCAAGAAGACAUAAUGGAAUUGACGAUCUAGACCAGAACAGUUUUGAGAUGAGGGAGAGUAGAGAUCCAACGUUUGAGGUGGACCAUCUGGCCACCUACACCAGCAAAUCAGGUGUAACACACCCAGAGGAUGGGCUUACAAAGCUUAAGCAGAUGGAGAGUUCUACAGGCAUCUGGACAAUGCGCUGUUCGCUCAUCAUAGAACGAUACCACAUUGUCGUCAUUGACAAGGGAAAUGGGGAUGAGCUGGAGAGAUUCCCAAUGGCUAAUGUGCACGAGCCCACAGCCGUCCUGAAGAAUGAUCGUCGGGAAACAUACAACAACCUCCUUCUCUUCAGCAUUAUAGACGACCCUCGACGCAAAAACAGCCCUUCGGACAUGCACAUUUUCCAGAGUAUUAAUGUUCCCGCCCACGAUCUUGUGGAUGAGAUCCUCACAGCCAAGGGUGAGACUGCCAGAAGCCGAGAUCCACCAGAUCAGCGUAUCCCCCCACCCCCCAGAGUGCCAGCACCGGAGCCGCCAUAUUACGGUAAAAGUGACAUUCACACGAGUCUCCGUGAGUCUCAAGGGCCGGGGUAUGGCGCCGAGCCUCCCCUCGAGUCCAGACUCCAGGAAACUAGGCUAGAUGGCUCUCGUAUUGACUCCUCCCGCAGAUUCACUGAUGGACGCAGCACUGGUGCGUUUAUUGGCGGUGGGGGGCUGUCCGCGACACGGGUGGGGUACAGUUACCGUGACGACAUGGACACUGGCCAGAAUGAGGCCAUGGAGAGAGAUGUGCAAUUGUUGAACAACUGUUUUGAUGAUAUAGAGAAGUUUGUGUCCCGGCUACAGCAGGCUGCUGAGGCUUACAAGGAGCUUGAGAGACGGAGGGACCAGCGAGGCGGCAAGAAAAACAAAAAACCUUUCAGCGGAGACGGUAUGCUGUCCAUGCGAGCGAGACCACCACCAGCUGAAGAUUUUGUGGACAUUUUCCAGAAGUUCAAGUUUGCCUUCAACCUACUGGCUAAGUUACGAGCCCACAUUCACACACCAAAUGCCCCCGAAUUGGUCCACUUCCUGUUCACGCCUCUGAGCCUGAUCUAUGAGGCUAGUCGUGACCCAAUCCAUGGGGGUCGUGACCUCAGUGGGGAGGCGGUGGCCCCACUGCUGCUGUACGAAGCCAAGCAACUCCUCACUAACUGCCUCACGUCAAAGGAGAUGGAGCUCUGGCAGAGACUGGGACGUGCUUGGAACCUAACAAAGGAGGACUGGAGUGGCCAUGUACCCCCAUACCACCCCCGAUUCUAUAACGGCUGGGCCCCUUCCCCACAGCUGGUCGAUGACAUCAUCAUGCCUGAACGAUUACCAUACAGAGAAGAACCCCUCAGGGCAACACAGGAGAGACCUGGGCGAUAUGUGGAAUCACGGAGGGAAGAAGAACCAUUCCCAAGAAGCUCUCGACGAGAGGACUAUGGGUCAAGCAGACGGGAAGACCCGUACAUUCGUAGGGAAGAGCCACCAAUCAUGUCAAGCCGCCGUGAAGACCCGUAUGUUCGUAGGGAAGAGCCACCAAUCAUGUCAAGCCGCCGUGAAGACCCAUAUGUGGUACGUGAGGACCCAUACGUCAGCCGGCGGGAAGAUCCCUACACGCGGGAUAUCAGGGGCUCGGCCAGGGACGAAAUUCGACCACCAUCUCCCGCACCGUACAGAUCAGAAGUUUCUCAUAAUGAUUUUUAUGCUACAUUUUGGGAAAAGAGGAAUUCAUCGAACGCUCCAAAAUCACGAGCCGAGGAGAAUAUAGCCUUUGCUCAGGAACUCAGGCGUAUGGGGGCAACGAUCUACGAGGCCGGCCAUGAGCGGAAGGGCAAGAACGCAAAGGAAUUGAAUGUGGAGAAGGGAGACAUUGUACAGGUACUGGACAAGUCCCGUAAUUGGUGGAAGUUGAAGAACUACCGUGGAGAGACAGGCUAUGCACCUUACACUAUACUGAAGGAGUACCAGACAGGGGAUGAAUAUGACAAUAGCCAGAACAGCGGGCGGCGGCUGAGCGGUGAUUACAGCAGUUACAUCAAUGGUAGUAACCCGCCCCCUGCUCCACCACCGAUGGGCGGGUCUGCACGCCCAGGCACACGCAACGAAGAUGCUGACAGUCGACAGCGGAAGCCAGCAGAUGAUAAGCCCCGCCCUGUUGCCCCGCCCCUCAAACAGGCUCCAUCCUCCCACAAUCUCAGACCACAUGGGGAAAAGAGUAUGUACUCGCCUGACUUGCACAAGGAGAUAAAAACAAAGAUGAACGUCAGUGACGGGUCGAGCGACUACUCCCCUAGGGGGCGCCGUCGAAGCCAAGAUCCCAACUGGACCAGUUAUGAAGACCCAAGCCCACGGGGUCAAGGAUAUCAAGAACCAAGUCCCAGAGGGGGCAGAUACAUUGAGCCUGAACCCAAAGUGAGCCCGCAGAGGAGCCCGAGGUAUAAUGACCCCCGGGACCAAGGCUACAUUGAUCCUAGCCCAAGAGGUCAGCCUGGUUAUCCCCGGCCAAGGAAGGACAUCAACGUGUCACAGUACAGCACACCUGACGAGAUUAGAGAGUGGCUGGAUAUGAAGGGAUUCUCCAGGAGGUGCCUGGAGCUACUGCAGGGCUAUAGCGGGCUUGACCUGUUUAACCUGGAUAAGAAGGAGAUAGAGCGUCUGGUUGGCCGCGAGGAUGGGCAACGGCUUUACAGCCUCUUAGAAGUGCAGAAAGUCAAUGCUAAUUACCGUACACGAGGUAGGUCAGAACUUCAGGCAAUUCUGCAGCGCCGCAAGGAGCACACAAAUACAUCAGAUGACCUAGAGCUAGGAUCCCGACCCAGCUUCAUGCCCGACACACCAGACUACAGCCCAGAUGUGUCUGAUGGCGAGUCAGAGGAGGACUUUGGAAAUGCUGGGAAGACUUUACGCAACCUUCUAGAGCGCCAGAGAAAAAAAAUCCAGCAAGGGGGAUACAGGGGGCCAUACCAGUGACCUACUAGCUAAGUUUGAGGGGGGACAGGAGGUCUUUCCAGUGACAUACUAGCUGAGUUCGUGGGGGGACAUGAGGCCUUACAAGUGAUAUGCUAGCUGUGGUUUUAGGGAUGGGGGG